AUGGGAGGUGGUGAUCGAUUUCCCGACCGGCCCUCUGUCUCCCAGCCCCUCCUCCUUCCCUCCUCCUCGCUCAUUCAUCCCUCUGCGAAGCGACGACAUCUUCGCGCUGUGGUCGAUCUGGGCAGCAACGGGAUACGAUGCUCCGUCUCCGACCUCUCCUCCCCGACCGCGCGCAUCCUGCGGACCGUCUACAUGCGACGGGUCAACAUCUCCCUCUACGACGCCCAGUUUGACGACGAUACCGGCUGUCAAAUCCCCAUCCCGAAGCAUGUUAUCAAAUCGGUAGUCGGUGCGAUCGUUCGCUUCCAGAUUACGUGUGCGCAGAUCGGUGUCCCCUCGGAGAACAUCCGCAUCAUCGCGACCGAAGCCACGCGCACCGCCCUCAAUGCGAACGAGUUUGUCGAUGCCAUCCGACGCGCCACCAACGUCUCGGUUGAGACUCUGCCCAAAGAACUGGAAGGAACAAUCGGUGCGUGGGGGAUUGCCAGUAGCUUCUCCGACAUCGAAGGACUGGCCAUGGAUCUGGGGGGAGGGAGUAUGCAGAUGACCUGGAUCGUCUCACAUGCGGGCAACGUCCGCAUCAGCCCCAAGGGCUCGUUCAGUUUCCCCUACGGAGCAGCUGCCUUGACCCAGAAACUCAAUGAGCUGCGGAAGGGGAAGUGUCCAGACGAGGCACGUCAGGCGGAGGAGACAUUCCGCCAGGAGAUGGAGAGCAAUUUCCGCAAGGCCUUUGAGCAGCUCGAGAUUCCUGAUACGUUGGUGGAAAAAGCUCGGACCGACGGGGGCUUCCCUCUCUACCUGUCGGGGGGAGGAUUUCGUGGUUGGGGAUACCUCUUGCUUUACCUUCAUCAGGUUCGCGGACAGUAUUAUCCAAUCUCCAUCAUCAACGGCUUCUCCGCUCCCAAGGAGGACUUUGAAAACACCGAAGUCCUCAAAAAGGUCGCUCGGACCGCCCGUGACAUCUUCCGCGUCUCUGAUCGCCGUCGAGAACAGGUCCCCUCCGUCGCAUUUCUGGUCAAUGUGUUGGCCAAAGCGGUGCCACACGGCAUCAAAGAAGCUCACUUCUGCCAGGGUGGCGUCCGCGAGGGCGUUCUCUUCCGAGACAUCCCCCCCUUUGUUCGACAGCAGGAUCCGCUCGAGGUAGCGACCACCGCAUUUGCCCGUCCGUCCGCGCAGGUGAUCGCCUUCCUGAUGUUUGGUGCCAUCCCCGCACGCACCGAGGAGAGGACCUUUCCCGCAUCGAUCCGCGGGACCCUGAUCCAGGCCUUUGCCAAUUCGCUGUUUGUGCACGCCGCCAUGUCCAAGGAGUUGUCCUCGACCGCUGCGCUGUACAGCACCAGCGCCGGCAUCCUCGCGUCCACUUAUGGCAUCCCCCAUGCGGACCGCGCGUGCCUAGCGUUGAUGCUGCAGGAGCGAUAUGGAGGGGAACUGCCCCCGCGGGAGAAAGAUUUCAAGUUCCGGUUGCGGGAACUGCUGACCCCCGAGGAAAUCUGGUGGAUCCGAUACUUGGGGAAGCUGGGACUGGUGAUCGCCCGACUCUAUCCCAUUGGAAUGAUUGACCCGUCCCGACCGCGCAUCGCAACUGAGGCACGAUGGGCCAGUACUCUGGGCAAACACGGGAAUAAGACAGGCAUCGAGUUGAAGAUCUCGGUACAAAAGGUGGCGUAUGACCCCACGCAGUUGAAGUCCGAACUGGAGCAGGAUAUCCGCAAGAUCCACAAGGUAGGCAAGAAGAAGAAUUGGAUCGGAGGGAGAGACGGCUGGGGGAUGAAAGUCAAAGUCGUUGUAGCUGAGGAGGAGAUGCUGUGA